UUCGUGAGUCGUGGAAAAUCCCCUAAAAAGGAUGGAAAACUGUCGUGUCUGUCUCCGGGAAUCAACUUCACACGAAUCCUUCACAUCCGACACCCGUGAAAAGUUUUUCCAAGUCACCAGCGUGUACAUUGACGAGUCUGAAGACGAUUUUAUCUGUCGCGAUUGUCUGGAUCGUCUCUCUGUGGCUUACGAAUUUCGUCUGGAAGCAAUAAAUGCCGAUUCUUGGUUCCGUAAAAGACUUGCAACUAAAGAAUUUACUGUUCAGCAACCAGAAAAUGUCGAAAAAAGACAAAACCCACCAAAGAACAAAAGAAAAUGCAUCGAAUCGCCCACGUCAUUUUUCGUCUGUGAUAAAUGCGGCACCAAAUUUAGUACAAAAAGGGAAAUUAAACGACACAUGCGACAAAAACACAUCCAAAAACAGCUGAAAUGUCCCGAAAUCAACUGCGGCAAGGAGUUUAGUGUCUUCAAAGUCUACCAAAAUCACGUAAAUAAGCAUCUGGCACCGGAAAAUCAGACAAAAUGGAUUUGCGAAUAUUGUGCCAAAUGCUUCAACUCGAAAUACAAGUUGACUCUGCACUCGAGAAGUCACACAAAUGUUCGCCCGUACAAAUGCACACAGUGCCCGGCUAGUUUUAAGCAACAAACAGACCUCAAUACUCACGUAAAAUCACUUCAUUCGGAUGACAGACCCUUCGAAUGCAAGGAUUGCGGCAUGUCCUUCAAGAUUCCCAACUCACUGCGAUCGCAUCGGAAGCGAAAACAUCAUCAGGAAAGCAUGUUGGAAUGCAGCGAGUGUCAUAAGCGAGUCAUGUGCAGCUCAGAAUUAAAAGAACAUAUGGCGAUUUACCACCGAGGCGAACGAAAUCAUGCGUGUAAAUUUUGCACAAAGACUUAUACGAAAGCUUAUCAUUUGCGGAGGCAUAUGCAAGACGCCCACCAAGAGCUGUAUGCGAAGUUGGUAGCGUCUGGUGAGCUGAGAACCGUCAAUCGUAGUGCAAGAAUUAAAGUUGAAGUUGUGGAAACGCCUCCACAAACGUCGAUUGAACAUGUAAUUGAAGCAAAUACGUUCGUUGUUAGUUAUUGCGAGUGAAUUUUGUACUUUUUUACUUAAAUAAAAUUAAUUUUUAAUACUCAA